CAGGUUGCCUGAGCGCUAAGAGCAAGUGGUUGAAACGCCUGCACCACCACCAACUCUCACCACGCACGCAGCUUCUGCACACAUUUCCUCCACCACCUACGCUUACGCCAUCCUCGUUUUGUAUCAUCAUUAACGCUACCUCGCAUCACCUUUCUCACCUGGCUACCGAUUAUACUUCUUCUCCAACGCCAAUUCUCCCUCCUCAAAUAACGCCUUUUGCAUCGGCGACCUGCCCUUCUCCUCUGGCCACUUCUCUUCUCCCCCGCCACCGCUUUCACGCCCGGCCUCAUCUCCUGCCCGCCCUUCUGCUACUCCGCCCAGCCUCCCUCGCCGUGGCCACGACGUCUACUUGACCAAAUUCGAAAGCUAUUCUGCACAGCUUUGUCGCGCCGAAGCCGAUUGGAUACUCGUUGUUGCCCUAGUGCACCACGUUACCGUAAUAAACCCUUCUACCGACUCUCGCGCCGGACCACCACAACUAUUGGCGCGCUUCUUCCCUAGCUUCACGCAGCGCUAGACGGGCAUUGCCAGGCCCAACGAUAAACUAUGGCACUCCGAUACACGGUAGAUGACUUAUUCAAUCUACGAGCAUCGCCGCUAUGUGUUAAACCAGAGAACCUCCCGCCAGCGGAGGAGUGGAUGGGAGCGACAUUAGAACAGCUUCGUGCCCAAAACAAGGUCACCGUCGAUAGAACCCGAAACAAUGACGGCUCCUUGAUUGACACAUCAGCCCGCCCUGGCCUACCACGUCACACUUCCCGAAACAGCGCAAACCCAGAUGACAUCGUCUUUGGGCCUCCUAGAACUGCCUUUGCCUCAUCCCGUGGCAAGGGGCAAGACGGCGAUCGGCCAGUGCGCGACGGUGAAGGUCGAUAUGGAGUGCGCGGCCGCAGCGGCGAUUUUGACGGCGAACGCUUACGAGACGGACGAGGUAUGAACCGAAGAGGUGAAAAUGAGCAGGAUGAAGGAUGGAGCACAGUAAAGCCGAGGAAGAGUUUCGGUGCUGAAGGCGCAGAACGCUUCUCUGGCAAGAUGGGUGGCAACUACCGCGAUGAAAAGAAGACGACUCGGGUCGGCGAUGAUCGAACUACUGCCCGUGGUGACCGAACUGGAAAGACCUCCGAUGGCGCUGGCCGUGAUAAAGACGGUGAUGCUGAUCGUACCCGCAACGGUCUAACACGAACCAAAUUGGAGGCCUGGCAAAGGGGCGAAGGCAACGAAUCUGCGACUCCCGACAGAAAAGAGCGUGACCGAACGAAGAGUUGGAGAGACCGCGAACAAGAUGCCUCUGAUGACCGUGGCGCCCGCCGUGGCAAUGACAACCGUUGGGGACGUGAUGGCCGUGACAACAACCGUGACAGUCGCGACAAUCGUGACCGCGAUCAAAAGGCUGAAAAGGAUCCUGAAUGGUUCGAUGAGCCAGUGCAAGACAAGCGGGAAGCUCAUACUCAACAGGACUUCCAAAAGUGGAUGGAACAAAUGAAGAAGGCUAAGAACGCAGCUUCAGGAGGUGAUAAAGAAUCCGCAGAAGCCAUUGAGGCGAAGCUGCCUCCUGUCAAAUCGGCACCUGCUGUUGAGGCUGGCCCUGACAAAUUCUUCAUGGCCUUUGGCGGCUCCUCUAGCAUUGAGAACAAGCCCGAACAGGAGCAAACCGAAGCGGCCGCCGCAAAGCAAAAGGGAGCCGGCAAGUCGUCAAGAUUCACGUCCUUCUUCUCGGCCCCUCAAGAGGACGGCCGACCAAAGACUGAAUCAUCAACGCCUUCCGCCCUUGCCCCUUCACAGCCGCCGCCCAAUGCCCCUCCCGGUCUCAACAUUUUUGUCAGCGGUACACCAGACGGAGAGAAGCAAGCUUUCCAACAACUUCUAGCGAAACUUCAGAAACAGUCUGUCAGCUCUACUCCGCCUGGCCUGGCUCUCUUUGCUGCACCUUCGAAUCCCCCUUCCGAUGCCCCUGCUCAAUCGCAAUCCCAAGCCCAAGGCCCAGAGGCCCCAGCCGGUCCAGGAAAGCAACAGCAACCACAGCAAUAUCGCGCUCCUCCUCCAGGACUCCAGCAACAAGAAAUUCAUGCCCCUCGCCCUCAGCAGUCUGCCCGCCCCGAGCAGCUGUUGCAAGAGCUUGUUAGCCAGCAUCAGCGCAAAGCAAGCCAACCACCACCACCUGCUGCCCGUGAACGCGAGUCUACCGCCGCUCGUAACAACAGCAAUACUGAGUUCCUUAUGAACCUGAUGCGCGCAGCACCCAAGCAGCCGCAGCAACCCCAACAGCAGGCUCCUCGACCUGGCCCCCCUCCUGGCUUCAACAUGGACGACGGAUUCCAUGGAAACGAUGAUUCGCGUCCCAACCCAACCCAGAUCCUCCAGCGUCCUCCCCCUCCCGGCCUUGAUCAGAUGCCACCAGGUUGGAUCCCUGGCGGUCAGAUGCCUCCUCCUCGGAUGGGUGGCCCUCCCGGCAUGCCCGGUGGCCCUGGACCGAACCGCAACAUGCCCAUGCCACCAAUGUUCCCGCCCAACUUCCCUCCUGGCGGUAUGCCUCCUCCACCUGAGGGCAUGGGCGGUAUGCCUCCACGAAACAUGCCCAUGCCUCCUCCCGGUUUCUUCAAUGGCCCGCCCCCCCCUCAUGGCUUUGCGCCUCCCGGAUUUGCUCCUCCUCAUGGCCAUGAUCGCCAGUAUGGAAGUCCUCCCUUUGAGAACCGUGGUGCUCCUCCUGCUGCUGGCCGUGGCCCAUACCCGCCACGUCAGUAAUCUACAGUAUUUCUACAGAUAUACUUUUGGGCGAAAACAAACUCCCUGUUGUCUUCUGCCUUACCAGCGCAAACCAACCCCCUCCUGUCCUCUUUUUUUGAUGUAGCACUAGUUUGUGUAUGCUACCUAAAGCCUACAAUGUGGUUUCCUGUUGGGACUUUGAAUUCCGGUCAAAGUGUACACUUGGAACCAGUAGCGUUUUAAAGCCAAACAAUUCGACAAAUGGCUUAUUCUAUAGUGUCUAGUUUGGAGAUGCAAGUCUCCAGCUAACUAGCUAUAUAAAUGUAACAAAUAUGCAUCACUAAACCUUGAAAGUUUUUGACAUCCCAAAUUAUCGUGACACGCGUGUUUUGGAAAUAAAUUAUGUUAAAUAGGUGAAUCAUUACGGUGGUUCCUUCUAUGAUGGGCGGUCUGCCUUGGUUUUGCCCGUCUUGAUUGACGCGACUUCUACUUGAUUAUUCAUAUGUAUCGUCGGUUUGCUAGCCUUACUUGUCUUUCGUGGAGGUAUAAAGAUGGUGUUACCACUAACGGCUCGCUUUCGCAGCUGAUCUGCGGAAUACCGUGUCUUGACAACAUCUUCUCCUUUCAACGCCUCCGCUGCGGGCGAGCCCUUGGAUCUGAGAGAACCCUACUUCUUCAUACCCAAGAAGUUCCUUCGCUUCUUUUCCUUUUGUGGAGGGGUUGCUUCCGCAGCUGAGGCACCGGGAGCCGGAGCCGGAGCAGAGCCGUUAUUCUGAUUCAAGCUCAUGUUCGACAUGGCUUGCGUUGGUGGUUGUGAAGACGGAGGCGGAGCGUGACCACCGGGACGGCUUGGGAGACCACCCUGAGCAGGCGGUGCACGGCCACCUUUGGGUCCCGGGCCAUGUGGUCCUGAUGGAAGGCCUUGGACUUUGGGCGGUGCUGGGCGUUCGAAUAAAUGUGCGGGCGCUCUUGGCUUUGGUCGCUCUAGAGGCAGAUCCAGCUGCCUCUUGUCCUUGCCCAGGUCGCUGACUUGGCGGAUAAAGAAUUGGGGCGUUAGCAUAUGUGACGUGGCCAAGACAAUAUCGCGGCUCCUUUCUUUUCCAACUUCGUAACAAACUCGGCUUUCGCUGUAUGUUGCGCCACCGGCAAUAAAUACAAUGAUGCGCUGCUUGUUCUCAGGCUGGCGGCGACCUGCUGCCGCCCAAUUGGGGCGUCCUGCGCGAAGAGAGGCUCCUUGUGCAGCAAGGAGAUCCUCGUUGGGAUCCAAAGGAGGUUUGACGUAUGGAAACUGGUUCUGAUCCAGAGCACCUUUGAUCAUGUUUUCUAGCAGUGGUUGAAGUGCAGGCUCAAAGCGAGACAGACCGUAUUCCUCGCUAGUCUGAGCUGUGCGCGGAUCUUUGGGGAAUAGCGCCAUGUAGGGGCGUAGAGGCUCCUUUAAGACAUGAUGCAUAUGUCCACCAAGGUGUUCCAAGUUGUUUAUGACUUCACCGUCCUGUGGCGGGAGUGCAGCGUGAUUCAGAAGCUUCUGGAUAUCCUCCAUGAUCACACCUCCCCUGAAAAGAACAUACAUGAUAAUGAGUCGAAGGCGGUCUGUAGACGUGAUGGCCUCGUCAUCUAGUAAUCGUACGACCGAUUCUAAAACGUUCUUUGGCUUUCUAAAGUCUUCGUCGAGGCCGGUUGAGAGGGUCUGUUCUACUUGGGCAACAUCGGGAAGCUUAUGGUGUUGAAAUAUGUUCAUACACUCCUGUGCCAUUGUUAGAUGAAGGGAGUAUGCCUCUUUCAUCUCUUGAAAUUCUGGAAGACCCGCCAGCAUGUCUCUAAUGGUAUUGAGGUUGGUCGCAUCGGCAUUUUGGUCAGUGAAGUGAGGAUUCUGAUCGAGGAACUUUUGGAAGUCUCCCAUGAGCUUGUCAAUAGUAUCCUUCAUAUGUCUGUGGCGGUUGUCAACCCAGACCUUGUCCUUAUCCGAGAGCUCCAUAUCCUUGUCCUCGGCUUCGGGGGUGCCUUGGUUGAUGGUGGUGCGAAAUGUAACUUUGUCGCCCUCCUUAAGAGGUAACAAAUCGUGGGCCAUGGCCUGGUAUGAGAACUCGUGGAUAAGAGGGGCCAUCAAAUCCAUGGAGCGGUCGGUAAUAAGAAGUGUGCCCUGAGGGCGGUUCGAGGGCGGGGGAAAGUUGGAGUUCCAUUGGGCGUAGCCGUCAAGUUCUUCUUGAACGAAUCGCGCGAGAUGGGUACACAAGACGCUAGCAUCAUGGGUUGCGUUUUGUGGUCUAUAGUAUCGAACCUUUGGGUAUUCGCCUAGUGUGAUACAGAUACCAGCAAU